AUUAUUAUUAUUUUAUUAUUAGUCCCUUGGGUUCCUAGUGGAACAUAGGGCUUCAGUAGCACGCCUCCAGUGACCUCUGUUCUCUGAGAUCUUUUGAACCUGGUUCCACGACAGCCCAGAAGCUCUCAUUUCCUCCUCGCAUGACCUCCUCCAUGUCACCCUCGGCACCGACGUCCAACUCGUCGCUUCCCAUGGGGAUUCCACUCGAGGGCCUGACGCGUGAUGUCCUCAGUCGGCCUUCUCAGUGCAUGGCCAAUCCAUCUCCACUUCUUCCUGCAUAUUUGUUGCGUGAUAGGUUCUUGGUUGGUUCGUUGCCAGAGUUCCUUGUUGCUUAUUUUUUCUGGCCAUCUGAUCUUCAGCAGCGAGCGUAAGCAGUUGUUGAUGAAUGUCUGUAGUUUAUUGGAAAUCCCUUUUGUGACGCGCCAAGUCUCUCAACCAUACAGAAGCACUGACUUGACUGAGGUUGGUGUUGAAAAUCCGGAUAUUGUUCCACAUGCUGAGUGCAGAAGAUCUCCACACUGGUUUCAGUCUAAUGAAGGUCUAUCUUGCUUUUCCGAUUCUGACUUUGACGCCCUCGUCUGUGCCUGUGCUGCCUGAAGUUGAAACAGUGCUUCCUAGAUAGGUGAAGGAGGUUACUUCCUUUAAGUUUCUCCCAUUGAUGGUGGUUGGAGCUUGUUGUUGUUGUUGUUGGUGGUGGUGGUGGUGUGGUUUCUUCAUCACUUCUGUCUUCUCUCUCUAUACAUGAACAAAAACCGAAACUUUACACUCAAAAACGUUUUGUGAAACCACUUUCUCUACCUUGACCUUAACAAUUCAUUUUGUUGAUUUUGUCAAUUUCAGUUCACUUCACUUUGGUAUACUUCUCUUCUCUAUUAAUCACCAUUAUCACCAAUUUUCAUUUCAUUGAUAACAUUUGAUCCAUAUUUCACUAUUUAAUAUCAAUUCAUACCUUAUUCAUUGACCUAUUUUGUAUGUUUGAGUUCAAUUAUCACCGUUUUACAAUUCUUUGUCAGCACUUGUUGCUUAUCUCACCACUUGUUAUAAAUUCGUUCCUCCUUUUUCAACAACCCAUUUUCUAUCUCUUCCACCACCUACACCGAUUGUAUAUUUUACAUAUUGACUGAGCAACUUUUUAGUGUAAUUAUCUAUCACUUUAUUCAGUAUAAAU